CGGCCUGGCGGCGGGAGCGGCCGCGGCCUCAGCGUCUGAAACUUGAAGUGAAGAAACAUGUCUCAGUCAGGUGAAAAAGUAAAGUUUUCCGACUCGGCAGGCUAUGUGGGAUUUGCUAAUCUGCCCAACCAGGUUCACAGGAAAUCUGUGAAGAAGGGCUUUGAAUUCACACUGAUGGUGGUUGGUGAGUCUGGCUUAGGAAAAUCCACUUUAAUUAACAGUCUGUUCCUGACUGAUCUUUAUCCAGAACGUUAUAUUCCUGGAGCUGCAGAGAAAAUAGAGAGAACAGUUCAAAUUGAAGCUUCUACAGUAGAGAUAGAGGAGCGAGGGGUGAAGCUGCGUUUAACUGUAGUUGACACACCAGGAUAUGGAGAUGCCAUUAACAGCCAGGACUGCUUCAAAACAAUUAUCCACUACAUUGACAACCAGUUUGAGCGAUACCUACAUGAUGAGAGUGGUCUGAACAGGCGCCACAUCAUAGACAACAGAGUCCACUGCUGCUUUUACUUCAUCUCUCCUUUUGGGCAUGGACUGAAGCCAUUAGAUGUAGAGUUCAUGAAGGCUCUUCAUGGAAAAGUGAACAUUGUCCCUGUGAUUGCCAAGGCUGACACCCUGACGCUGAAGGAGAGGGAGAGGCUGAAGAGAAGAGUUCUGGAUGAGAUUUCUGAACAUGGCAUUAGGAUUUAUCAGCUCCCUGAUGCAGAUUCUGAUGAAGAUGAGGAGUUUAAAGAACAAACUAGAGUUUUAAAGGCUAGCAUUCCCUUCGCUGUUAUUGGAUCCAAUCAACUUAUUGAGGUGAAGGGGAAAAAAAUCAGAGGCCGCCUGUAUCCCUGGGGAGUUGUUGAAGUUGAAAAUCCAGAGCACAAUGAUUUCCUCAAGCUGCGCACAAUGCUGGUAACGCACAUGCAGGACCUGCAGGAGGUGACCCAAGACUUGCACUACGAGAACUUCCGUUCCGAGAGGCUAAAACGCACUGGCAAGCCUGUUGAAGAGGAAGUGGUAGACAAGGAUAGAAUCCUCCAGCAGAAAGAGGCUGAGCUGCGCCGCAUGCAGGAGAUGAUUGCCCAGAUGCAAGCCCAAAUGAGGAUGAAGCCGGGUGAUGAUUAAGGUGCUUAACGUCUGGAUGCAUCAGUUCACACAAAGGAUUGAAGAGGAAGAUGGAAGGGUGGAGUAAGGUACCAAAACCUAAAACAGGUUUAGUUUUAUUUGGGUGCUCAAAUAUGAAAUGCUUUUGAAAUAAGCCUCUGCAGUAACUCCAACAGCACAUUUACUAAUUUCUGAACUUGUCCAUCUCAGAUGAGCAAUUACUAUGAAAAGCUGGAAUAAUUGUACCAAGUGAAAUGGUUAUUAGUUGAUGUUUCUUCCCUUUGCUUCUCUGUUUCUCACAGCGUAUCUCUUUGCAAUCUGUUUUCCUCUUGCUAUUCUAACAAAUCUGGUUUGUCUGUCUUCACUCAGUUUCAAGAUCAUACUGGGACAAAUCAGUAACAGAAGCCAGGCUGUGGAACGCUAAUAUAGCCAUCUGGAAAUGUAGUUAUAGUUAGGGAAGUAUAUUCAGACAAAAAAGAAACCCAAGCAUCUUGCACUUAAAAUAUCUGUAGCAUGUUGAAAAUUCUUUUAGUAUAGCUUGUGAUUUCCACAAGUAUUUUAAAGCCUCCUGAGCACAUUAACACUGUUCUGGUUAUUGCUAAGAACAGUGCUAAAGACACCAAACAGCUUCUUCUUUCUACCAAUGAAUUGACAUCAUUUAACAGAACAACACAAAGCAUUGUCAUAGCAACCAGCCUUCUAAAAUGAUGCUGCUGAAUACUGAAUUGAUCUGAUGAGAAAUGUCAUUUGAGGCAGCAGAAAUGAUGAUGUAGUUUUUUGGCAGCUGAAAUUGAGAGCCUAGAGAAUGUGAAGCUUGGGCAAAUUUGUAGUAUUUGGAACAUCUGCCUGGCACUGCCAGUGGAUGUUUCUCUGGCUAGAAGCUAGACCAGGAGAGUGCUGUCAGUGUCCAGCUCUCCUCAGCUCUUCUGACUCUGGAGUUGUUCAGCAAAUCCUGCAUUGAUGGGCUGGCACAAGCUUUUUCACCCUUAGAGAACAGACUUCAGCUGGAAAUUGUAUGGUAUAAUGGGGAACUUGAAAAUGUGUCAGGGCCACUUUUUGCCAAGAAACAGAGGAACAUUUCUGAUAGUUUGGAAGCUUAGAUCCUGGUAUGUAGAUGUGCUUCUGUGGUUAUCAACCCUAUUAACAUAUUUAACUGAUGAGCAUUGGAAAUCAGUUCAAAGGUCAGUUUUGUAACUUACUGUGAACUCAGCUGAUGAUGAUUGCUGUGGGGAAGUAUGAGGUCUUGCCACAGAGUAGCAAAGGAAAGGGAGCAAACUUGAAGCAGUGACGUCAACAGAGGGUGACUGAAACAGCAGAAAACCAAAAUGUUUGGGGUGUGGUGACAAAAUGAGUCAAAACCUACAGCAGGGCGCUGGUAUCAUCCAGUACUCCUCUGCCUUUUGGAAAGAUGCCAUUUCUCAAAGUUCUUGCUCACGAAGGGACACACAAAGGGCUGUAGUUAUAACAUUAAAUGAGUGCUAUUUGAAGAAAAACAACUGAGGUGAGAAAGUGCAGCUGCUUAUAAAGCAAAUUUCUCUCAUUGGGAAUUCAGAAGUGAACACAUAGAGGUGUCAAGUCGCCCUGCAUUGCAGUGGUGUUCUUGGAAGAGCUGAGGGGGAGGCAAACCCAUUUCCUUUACAAGGUUUUCAAAAUCUUUACAAAUACAGGAUUCUGAGCUAUGUGACCACAUGAUCAGGGUGCAAGUGUAUGCAGUACUUGCUAGUUAUGCUACUUACUGAGAGAGUUCUGUUUUAAUGGCACACUGGAGAAAUGCCCUCUUUGUUAAAUGAUGGUAUGAACUCACAUUGCAGAUGGAGGCAUUUGUUAACUCUGUGUGUUCGUGAAAUGAGCAUGGGGGACUAUAAGGUUGGUCUAGUAAAGCUGGAGGUCAAACUUGUCAAGAGUAGUAUCAACCUAAUUGUAUCAUAAAAUACUGCCUUACAAGGAGAUGAGGAAGAAAGAGCGGUGAGAUGAAUCCACAUUAGAACUACACGAACAUACUUUGCCCAAGUGUGUUCUAUGAGCUUAUAAAAUGUGGGUAUCGUGGAGCUAAUGCUGCUAACAUUAGUGCACAGCUGUGCUUAGAACCCAAGCCGACAUGUUUAUUGGAAAUUCCAGUCCUUUUGUGAGUCUGAAACAUGAGUUACGGUUUCUUCUUGAGGUAUCUUCUGUAACAGAUUAGAGUUGGGCAGGCACUGGCAGAAAUCAAGUUUCUCUUUCAAAUUUGAAGUAGCAGUGUAGCACAAGAGGUUAAUUUUGAAUUUGAAUAUUUAAUUUGCUUAGCAAUUUAUGGACUCUAACUUUAAAGCCUUAUUGCUAGCUUGCUUGUUUUAGUUGUUAUUAGAGGUGAUGGGCUCCUUAAAAUAAGAAGAAAUUGUGUAUUGAACAGAAUUCCCACAAUGAGAAUGGCAAAGAGCAAAGCAUGUUGUUCCUUUACCCCACUGUAGUCUGGAUGAGUGUUACACUGUAUUUUACAAGUAAGUUGGCACAACGGUGUUUUUUAGAAUGUUUCUAUUUUUCCAUCCAGAUGAGCAUUUAGAUUAAGCUAUUUUUUUCUGUCAGGAAUGAGUAUUUUUGGGACUGAAGAAUUUGAGGUGUUUCCCCUGAGUUCCAAAUCGGACGCAACUUCUUAAGCAGGAUCCAACUUUCAGGGAAAGCUGGGAUUCUGCUUUCUUUGUAGCAGCCUUUUUGAUUGGCAAGUAACUGUAGAAAUACCCAAAACUGACAGUUAUUUUUGAAAUUACAGACCAGUAUCCCUUCUUUUUCAGGCACAGGAACAGUGCUGUAUGAAUGCUUGAAAAAAUGUCUGCUUUCCUGCUUUACCUUAGCAGUGUUGGUGUAUGAUGUCGAACUUGCUGCCUACUGCUAGCCCUGUUUAGCUGAGUUGUUUGUUUCCCUCAGCAGCAAUAAUGCUUCACAGAACAGGCCAAGGUCGAUGUGUUGUGUGCAGGACUGUUGAGAGGAGCUGUAAGGGCUUCUUGUGUUCUUGCAGGCUGAGGGGGGGUUUAGGUGCCUAAGAAACUAUGUAGCUAAAAAUGAGUUCUCAUUUAUAAGCUCUUAUUAGACAUUUGUGAUAAAUAUUUGGGUCCAAACUGCUCAGCUGAUCUAGUUGUAAUGCAGGUCCCUGUGAUGCAGAAACUGAAACUCCCUAUUCCCUGGAUUAUGCUGCUUUGCUCGGAGGGGCUCCAACUGCCCCCAAUGCUCUGACAGUGCCAAGAGUUUGUCCGUUCUAAUGCUCUGUUUUCCACUUUUGUUCCCAGCAGCAUACGGUUCUCUAAGUGGAUGGGUGCUCUCUUUUCUUUGCCCAAAAGCUGGAUGCCACAGACCAAGACCUGCGUUAAAA